GGCCUCCCUGGAGCCACGCCUGGUAAUAUCUGCCUCUGGGAUGCACAGAUGGUGGCAGGCAAGAGAUAGUGUUCACACUGGUAGGAAGGGACUUUCAUGUGACACAAAGCACAGUGAAAAUGUCUGAUGAAGUCAACUGGAGCUAGUGACAACUGAACUGCUCAAGGCAGGAAGAGCUCUGAGCUGAGCAGUGGAGGCCCUCCUGGAUCUGGAGAGAAGAGGUGACCUUGGGACCAGUAAUGAGCCAUCCUGACCACCGGCUGAACCUCCGGCCCCUGGGCACCCCCAAAGGUGUGUCCUCUUUGGUUGGCCCACAUGGUGUUGGUGCUUCUCCAGGUGACAAAAAGUCAAAGAACAAGACCAUACGAGGGAAGAAAAAGAGCAUAUUUGAAACCUACAUGUCCAAAGAGGAUGUUUCAGAAGGCUUGAAGAGAGGAACACUUAUCCAGGGUGUAUUAAGAAUUAAUCCGAAGAAGUUUCAUGAAGCCUUCAUUCCUUCCCCGGAUGGUGAUCGAGACAUUUUUAUUGAUGGCGUUGUUGCUCGUAAUAGAGCCUUGAAUGGGGAUCUGGUGGUUGUGAAGCUGCUUCCAGAGGAGCAGUGGAAGGUAAUUAAACCAGAGAGCAAUGACAAAGAAACAGAAGGUGCCUAUGAAUCAGAUCUCCCCGAGGAGCUCUGUGGAAGCCAUCUCCCGCAGCAGUCCCUGAAAGGCUAUAAUGACAGUCCUGAUGUCAUUAUAGAGGCUCAGUUUGAUGAUGACAGCGACUCAGAAGAUGGACAUGGCAACACACAAAAUGCUCUGGUUGAUGGUGUUAAGAAACUCUCAGUUUGUGUUCAUGAAAAAGGAAAAGACGAUGCUGGUGCACCAGUUCCAAAAGAUGAGAACACCUUCAUGUCACAGGACACAAGAGCUUUACCAGAGAAGUCACUGCAGAGAUCAGCAAAGGUGGUUUACAUCUUGGAGAAAAAACAUUCCCGUGCAGCGACUGGCUUCCUCAAACUCUUGGCUGAUAAGAACAGUGAACUGUUUAGGAAAUGUGCCCUGUUUUCUCCCUCGGACCACCGGGUGCCUAGAAUUUAUGUGCCUCUCAAGGACUGUCCCCAGGACUUUGUGACCCGGCCUAAAGAUUAUGCCAACACACUGUUCAUCUGCCGCAUUGUGGACUGGAAGGAAGACAGCAACUUUGCCCUGGGGCAGCUGGCUAAGAGUCUUGGGCAGGCUGGUGAAAUCGAGCCUGAAACAGAAGGGAUACUAACAGAGUAUGGUGUGGAUUUCUCUGAUUUCUCUUCAGAAGUUUUAGAAUGUCUCCCUCAAGGCCUACCUUGGACAAUUCCACCAGAGGAAUUCUGCAAGAGAAGAGAUUUAAGAAAAGACUGUAUCUUCACCAUUGACCCAUCAACUGCCCGAGACCUCGAUGACGCCCUCUCCUGCAAGUCACUUGCUGAUGGCAGCUUUGAAGUGGGAGUCCACAUUGCUGACGUCAGUUACUUUGUGCCUGAGGGAUCCAGUCUGGAUAAAGUGGCUGCUGAGAGAGCUACAAGUGUCUACUUGGUUCAGAAGGUAGUCCCCAUGCUUCCCAGGCUGCUGUGUGAGGAGCUGUGCAGCCUCAAUCCCAUGACUGACAGGCUGACCUUCUCCGUGAUCUGGACGCUAACUCCAAAGGGAAAGAUCCUCAGUGAAUGGUUUGGCCGGACCGUCAUCCGCUCCUGCACCAAACUGAGCUAUGAACAUGCACAGAGCAUGAUUGAAAGCUCAACCAGGAAAAUCCCCGAGAAGGAGCUGCCCCCUGUCUCCCCAGAGCACACCAGUGAGGAGGUGCACCAGGCUGUCUUGAACCUCCACGGAAUUGCGCAGGAGCUACGCACACAGCGCUUUGUGGAUGGCGCACUGCGUUUGGAUCAGCUGAAGCUUGCUUUCACCCUGGACCAUGAGACUGGAUUGCCUCAAGGAUGUCACAUCUAUGAGUACCGCGACAGCAACAAGCUCGUGGAGGAGUUCAUGCUCUUGGCCAACAUGGCCGUGGCCCACAGGAUCCAUCGCGCCUUCCCAGAGCGAGCCCUGCUGCGGCGGCACCCCCCACCCCAGACCAAGAUGCUCAGUGACCUCGUGGAAUUCUGUGACCAAAUGGGGUUGCCCAUGGACUUCAGCUCUGCAGGGGCCCUCAACAAAAGUCUGACCGAAACAUUUGGAGAUGACAAGUACUCACUGGCCCGGAAGGAGGUGCUCACCAACAUGUGCUCCCGGCCCAUGCAGAUGGCCCUGUACUUCUGCUCGGGAGUGCUGCAGGACCAGGCUCAGUUCCGCCACUACGCCCUCAACGUGCCGCUGUACACGCACUUCACCUCUCCCAUCCGCCGCUUCGCUGAUGUCUUGGUGCAUCGCUUCCUGGCCGCCACGCUGGGGUAUAGGGAGCUUCCAGAUGUGGAGCCCGAUGGCCUGCAGAAGCAGGCCGACCACUGCAAUGACCGCCGCAUGGCGUCCAAGCGCGUUCAGGAGCUCAGUACCAGCCUCUUCUUUGCCAUCCUGGUCAAGGAGAGUGGCCCACUGGAGUCGGAAGCCAUGGUGAUGGGCAUCCUGAACCAAGCCUUCGAUGUGCUGGUGCUGCGCUAUGGGGUACAGAAGCGCAUCUACUGUAAUGCACUGCCCCUGCGGUCCCACCACUUCCAGAAGGUGGGCAGGAAGCCGGAGCUCACGCUCGUCUGGGAGCCGGAGGAUGAGGAACAGGAGCCAGUGCAGCAGGUGGUCAGCAUCUUCAGCCUGGUGGAGGUGGUGCUGCGGGCAGAGGCCACGGCCCUCAAGUACAGCGCCAUCCUGAAGCGACCCGGCACCGAGGGCCUCCUGGACCGGCAGGACGAGCAGCGCUGUGAUGCCCACGAGGAGGAGCAGGACUGAGGCCGCCAACCUGGCCGCGCCCCUCCCCCACCUGCCGCACCUGCUGGCUUUUAGGAAUAGCAGCCUUUGACACCGAUGGGGAUUUUUAAUUUGGUUUUUAACAACUCAGGGUUUGGUUUUUAUUUUUUCAUUCUAUUUUAUUUCUGCAGCUCAGUUUUUAAACGGGAGGGCGGAGGGUGGGGCUGGACGGAAGGCUGAGGCCAGUACUCGGCAGCACAGAGCUAGAUCCGGUCCUCCUGGGAGGCCAGCCCCGCUUCUGCCAGGUUACCCACUGCCCUCCCCUGCCCAGGAAACCAGGGGUCUUCAACAAAUCAGUGUCAUGGAAUAAAACCAAGUGUG